AUGUGUAGGGGCAUUGACGAGCACCGCAGGGUUCGCAUGAGACGCGAAUGCGCCAACUGCGUGGAUGAGGGAGUGGGACUGGCGGGCAAUCGAUGGACUAUGCCAUUGCUGAAGCUGGGAGAGAAGCGGUACUACCUCGGCAUCUUCUUCAAGGUGGGUGACAUCACGGCCAACUGGUACCGCGCGGCCCAGUACUGCCGCUACCACGGCAUGCAUUUGGCCAGCAUCAACAGCCAGGAGGAGAACGACAAGCUGGAGAAGCACAUCCGUGACUUCGGUGGGUAUCUCAUGGACGGGCUGGGCAACGAGCACUUCUGGACGUCGGGCACCGACCAGGCGGAGGAGGGCGUGUUCUUCUGGAUGUCGACGGGGCGGCCCAUCACGUUCGAGAACUGGAACGCGGGCGAGCCCAACAAUUUCCGCUACGAGAACGGCGAGGAGGAGCACUGCAUGGAGCUGUGGAACCGCGACGGCAAGGGCCUCAAGUGGAACGACUCCCCGUGUUCCUUCGAGACUUUCUUUGUGUGCGAGGUGCAGUGAGGGCGGAGGCGCAGGUCGCCUCGCGCCCCUCACACGGACUCUGCGCGCCCGCCACACGCGGC